AAUGCUGUUGUAAUUUUCUCUUCUCCAUCAGAAUUAACGACCAAAGAUUGAUUGAUAGAUUAGAAAAGCCGGAUCUUUCUCUCCACUUUUGUCUCCAUUCCGAGUGAGGAAAAGAGUAAAACCAGUUUGCAGAAUUCGGCGAUCAACCCUUUUGUGUCUUCCAUCUUUCUAACAACUCAGAAAGAACUAUCAUCCAAUUGGGUGGUGGUGGUCUAGAUCUGAUUCUGAAUUGUCACCAUUCUUCUAACAGUCUUAGGGAAAUCAGAUCAGAAAUGGGUGUUAUGUCGAGGCGGGUAGUACCCGCCUGUGGUAACCUCUGUUUCUUCUGUCCGGCAAUGCGGGCAAGAUCAAGACAGCCUGUGAAACGUUACAAGAAGCUUCUGGCCGACAUUUUUCCUCGUUCUCAGGAUGUAGAACCAAAUGAUAGGAAGAUUGUGAAGCUCUGCGAAUAUGCUUCUAAGAAUCCCUUAAGAAUACCGAAGAUUAGUGAGUAUCUUGAACAAAGAUUCUACAAAGAAAUGAGAGUUGAACACUUUGGCUCUGUGAAAGUUGUUCUAUGCAUAUAUAGAAACCUAUUGUCUUCAUGUAAAGAACAGAAGCCAUUAUUUGCUUGUAGCUUAUUGGGAAUCAUCCGCACUCUUCUUGAUGAGAUUAUAGAAGACGAAAUGAGGAUCCUAGCUUGCACUACACUCGUUCAAUUUCUAAAUAGUGAGAUGGAUAGUACGUACAUGUUCAAUUUGGAAGGAGUCAUUCCUAAACUUUAUGAAAUGGCUCGUGAAGUUGGAGAUGAUGAAAGAGCUUUACGGUUGAGAUCUUCUAGCUUACAAGCUUUAGCUUCCAUGAUAUGGUUCAUGGGGGAGCAAUCUCAUAUUGCCAUGGACUUCGACAAGAUGAUAUCUGUAAUUUUGGAAAAUUACAUGGAUGAGCUAGGAGGAGAACAUCAGGAUGAGUUCAAGAAUCCCUCUUACUGGUCACGGUUAUGCUUAAGGAACAUGGCUAAAGUACCAAAGGAGGCGUCAACCAUUCGACGUGUUUUUGAACCACUUUUUCAUAAUUUCGAUACUGAGAAUAAUUGGUCAGUGGAGAAAGGACUUGCCUAUUCUGUUUUGACAUAUAUGCAGCAGCUGUUAGUUGAAACAGGGUUAAACUCUCAUCUUUUGCUGUCGAUGUUGGUAAAACACCUAGAUCAUAAAAAUAUUCCCAAACCGUCUCAAACACAGAUAGACAUUGUUAAACUUGUCACUUUACUAACAAAGAACGCGAAACAAGAGGCUUCACUUGCUAUUAUUGGCGCAAUAUCAGACUUGGUGAAACAUUUACGAAAACAUAUACAAUAUUCAAGCCCGGAUGGUGAUGAAUCAGAUAAAUGUAACAUUGAUCUCCAUUCUGCAAUAGAACAUUGCAUUCUGAAACUUACAGAAAAGGUUGGAGAUUCUGGUCCUAUUCUAGACACGAUGGCUGUUGUCCUAGAGAAUAUCGGGAGCAAUUCUGUAGUUGCUCGAGCUACUAUUUCUGCUCUUUAUCGAACUGCAUUAAUUAUUUCUAACGUACCUAAUUUAACUUAUCACGAGAAGGCAUUUCCAGAUGCUCUGUUUCACCAAUUGCUUCUAGCAAUGGCACAUUCCGAUCACGAAACUAGAACUUGGGCACAUCGUAUUCUCUCUGUCAUAUUAUUACCUGCUCGUGUUUUUCCAGAACAUUCCAAAGAACUUCAAUGUAAUUGGAAGGAUGUCAUGAUUGAUGGGAAAGUGGCGGAGCUUCCAUCAAUUAGAUUGAAUGGUCAUCAAAUUCAUCUUCUGCUUUCAGCUAUAUGGCUGCAGGCGACAUCCAAUGAAAACACGCCGUCAAAUUAUGAAUCCAUGGCUCAAACUUAUCAGCUUUCUUUGUUUUUCAUUAGAUACAAGAGUUCUAGACAUAUUUUGCUUAGUAGAUGUUUCCAGUUAGCGUUAUCUCUUAGGAGCGUUUCUCUGGAUCAAGAAGGAGGUUUGCAACCAUCUCGAAGGAGGUCUCUUUUUACUAUGUCAUCAUUCAUGAUAGUGUCUGCAGCCAGGGCGGGUAAUCUUCAAGAGGUGAUUUUAGGAGAUGAAAUGGUUGACCCAUAUCUUAAGGUGGUUGGAGAUGGAAGGCUGCAGGCGGCGGUUUCUGGUCUCGAAAGUUAUGGAUCACAAGAAGACGAGAUUGCUGCAGAAAAAUCACUCUCAGUAAUAAAAUUGGAUGAAAAACCUUUGAAGGAACUAGUUGCAUUCAAGCUUGUCUCCAAGUUUCAGACAAUAUUGUCAGAGGAUGAAUUAUCAGACAUAAAGAAGGAAAUAGUUUUAAAUGGCUUUUCACUUGAAGAUGCAUACCCUUUGGGAGUUGGGUUAUUCACUGAAACGCCACGGCUAUGUUCUCCGCUAGCGCAGAUCAUCGAAUCCAAAGAAUUUGAUGAGGUUCUGGCUCUAUCAGAUGAUGAAGAUUUUUUCGAGGAUUCCCGUGGGAGUGGGAGUCAUCAAUCGGGACGAAAAACAUCUAUGUCGAUAAAUUCACUUGAUAUUUUAAGCGUUAAUCAGCUUCUGGACUCUGUUCUGGAAACUGCACGUCAGGUUGCGAGUUUUCCAGUUUCGUCAGUCCCGGUUUCAUACAACCAAGUAAAGAACCAGUGUGAAGCUUUAGUGACAAGUAAACAACAAAAGAUGUCUGUCCUUCAAAAUCUUAAGCUUCAUGAAGAAGAAGAAAAUAAAGAAAUAGUUAUAUUUGAAGAACAACCAAAACAGCACAAUAAAAUUGAGGUCUAUAAUGAGAAUGAUCUGAAAUUGAUACAACAUGAACAAGUUGUUGGGUGUUCAGUUGAAUAUGCGCAACAUUCGUCUUUCAGAUUGCCGCCAGCAAGCCCAUAUGACAAGUUCUUGAGAGCUGCUCGAUGCUAAAGAUAUUCAAAUUCUUCAAAUUAUUAAUGGUUUAUUAUUAUUGUUUUGAUUCAUUGUUUCUUAGAAUCCUUGAAAAUGAUAGGCUGCUUCAGGCCUUUCUAAUGGAUCCUUUUGUUAAUGUUGUAACUUAUUUCAUGCUGGAAUUUUAUUCUUUUUAUAAAUAUUAUAUAUAAUAAAUUGUAUUUGAUUAUGUUUGUU